CAUAUAUUAUCGCCCAAUCCACGUAAAUAUACUUUUGAAAACACUGCUUUAUAUUACGUUUUGUGCAUAAUCUACGACUCCUGGUGCAGCAGUAAUACAGAUUUUCCACAAUAUAUUGUAGCAGCUUAAAGUACGAGAUAUAGGAUUGCUUCGAAGCCAAGUACUUAUUUGAUUAGACAACUUGCAUUCCAAUAUGUGGUCUGUCAUGAACAAUGAGAUUUGUGGCCAGUCAUGAGACAUUUGGAGUUAAAUGACAAAUCAGUGUUCAGUUAGGAAAAGAUGAGAAUACACAAGUUAAAACUUCUAUUCUUUUCAAUAGUAAUUUUUAUUUUAUAUAUUUCUUAUAAAAUCCUACAACCAGAAAUAAAGGAGAAUCGUGGCAGAAGAGAACUUGUCGGGGAUGAGGACUACAUAAAUGUUGAUACUCGAAACAAUAACAAAAGAGAUGAUAUUUUAAAGGUAGAUAGUAAUAAAAAUGACAGAGUUAUACCUCCAACUCGGCCUGAGUUUGGUCAUGUGGUGGAAAGCCAGGAAAAAAUUGACGAAACUCAUUUGAGAAAUAGUCAAGAAAAAGAAGAAAUCAAUCCAAGAUUUGGUCAUAAUAUUGAUCCAGGUUUGCACCAAGUACAUCAUGACAUUAAAAGUGACCAUGAUACAAAUCAAGAUAUAAACCCACGAUUUGGUCAUGCCGUCUUAGAAAAUGAUGAUGACUAUCCUUUAGGGGCCAAGGAUCAUAAUGACAAUAACCCUAACAAUAUUAAGGGUGAGAUGGUCGCAGAUCAGCAAAAACUUCUACGUAAACUAUUAGGAACUUAUGAUAUUGAUGUCGGGGUUGAAUUAGAUCAGGGAAUAUCACCAUGGAGAUUUGCUGCCAGACUUGUGACGUCACGACAGAUACACCCAGAUAACUUCCCCGAACUAGGUGCAAUAUUACAUGAAAUGUCUACUAGAAGGAUUCUAGCAGCUGACGUUGGCUACAAAGGGACUCAACUGAAACUUUCAUUAUUACUAGAGGGUGGUCAGAAAGUGGCUUUUAAACCAAAGUGGUUCUCUCGGGACCAUGUUAUUGUGGGGCAACCAUAUGAUGGUGCUGAUCGACACAAUGGAGAAAUAGCAGCCUUCCAUCUUAAUAGAUUAUUGGGUUUCAACAGAUCUCCUCUUGCAGUAGGACGAGUGGUUAACUUAGAGAAAGAGAUAAAACCUGUUGCCUCUGAACGUUUGCUCAACACAUUUUUUUACAAAGAUAAAAACACAUGUUUCUAUGGGAAGUGCCUGUACUGCAGGGGUGAGCAAGAUGGUGUCUGUGGUGAGGGGGCAUCACUCGAGGGCACUAUAGUCCUAUGGUUGGAUUCAAAAUGGAAGUUUGGUAAACAUAUACGUCACCCCUGGCAAAGAACUUACAAGGAUGGGAUACAAGCAAGGUGGGAGUAUGACAACAAUUACUGCAACAAUGUAGUGAAAGUUACGUCACCAAAUAACAAACCACCACGACUACUUGACCUCUUAGAUGCUAAUGUGUUUGAUUACAUCAUCGGGAACGCAGAUCGUCAUCAUUAUGAGACAUUCCUCAAUCACUCAGACAGCAUGGUUGUCAUGUUAGAUAGUGCAAAGAGCUUUGGCAACCCAUACCUUGAUGAGCCCAGUAUAUUAGCCCCUCUUAGGCAGUGCUGCAUGUUGCGUAAAUCAACUUGGCGUCGACUGAAGCUUCUCCAAAAUGGUAUCCUAUCUGAAGUAAUGCGAGAAAUACUUUCCAAGGACCCCAUAGCACCUGUACUAACUGAGCCUCAUCUUAUGGCAAUGGAUAGAAGACUAGCAACUAUAGUUAAUGCUGUAAAUCUGUGUAUUGCGAAAAAUGGAGAAAAAGUUUUACAAGAAGAUAGUUUUUCUAAAUUACCUGAGCCUUUCUAUAGGUGAUGAUUUAAAGCAUGGCUAGUCUUUCUAUUUUUAAAGGUUUAUAUACUAAACGUUUUUCUAUAUCAGAUUUAAUUUUUCUGGAAUAUAAAUACUGUUAGCUGUUCAACAGAUUACCGAAUUCAUGAGUCUACGCACAGUGAUAUAUAAUCAUUUUUUUUAGUUUAGUUUAUUAGUCAUUGAUGUGCAUUCUGAGAUUAUUAGGUCUUUGCCAUCAUCAUGUGGUAUGUAAUUCAUCUCAUAUUGCAUCAAAGUCAAUGGAAAACUAACAAUGUUAUAGUACAUCAUUAGACACUUCAAACUAGGACAAUAUGCUAGAUUGAUUGAAUUCAGACGAAGUUUACAUUCGUUAAAACAAUCUCAGGUUCACA